AUGGAAUCAAAGUGGGAACUAGGUGCGAGAAUGACAGAAUCACGCACCUUAUGGUCAGCUUCAGCCUACCCUCAUCUGGUCAAUAAAUACCCUGGCCUUCUUCAGAUUAAUCAUCUUACACUCACCUCAAAAACUCGAUCAUUAACCAUGUGUCCCCCCACCCCCAGUGAUGGUUCUCCAGUCCUUGAAUCAAACAAAUCACCUGCUCCUACCCCUACCCGUAACCUUUGUCGUCACGAUACUUUACCUUUACCGUCCCCUGGUUUUGUGUUCCAAUCUAAGGAUUCUCGCCGUGCUUUAGUUCCCCCUUCCAACUCUCACAGUCACUCUCCUGCCAACUCGUCCAACUCAGACAAAUCUAUGUCAAUCUUGAUAUCCGAAGAGGCAUCAUCCAAUCAAUCUGAUCAAUCCAGCUGCGAGUCCAACGACUCAAUGCUUCGUCAGGCCCGAUCAAGCAAGGCUUCUACUUCAAAGAAGUCCGUUGUAGUGAAGAAAGGACAAAGCAGCUCUGGAAAACGUCGAACGACCAGAGGUAAAGUUCCAGCCAUGUUCAAAGCCAAGUCAAAGGUCCGACCGAUUGUACCAGCUAAGAAGCGCAAGCGUCUCGCUGUUGAGGUGAGUGUUUCCUUUUUUUAUCUUUCUUUCAUUUGUUAA